UUUUCACGAUUUUACAUUUUAAACAAAAACACAGAUUUUGGAAGGCUGCGAAAGAAUAUUUGAAUUGCAAUUAACUUCCAACGAUGAGUUUUAGUGGAUCAUCAGGAGGAGGCGUACCAGGGUUUACAUUGAAGAAGUUUGAGUCCCAGGGGGAAGUUGAGGAGAAGAAACAGAAGAGACAGGAAGAGUGGGAGAAAGUUCGCAAACCUGAUGAUCCUGAAGAGUGCCCUGAAGCUCCUAUAGAUAACAGAUGUUUGUAUGACAAGUUACAGGAGCAGAAACUUAAGAAAGAUGAAGAAUUCGAGGAAAAAGUUGCUUUUAGGAACCAAGUUAGACGCUUAGAUGCAGAUGAAACCAGUUUUCUUGACUUCUGUACAGAGAGACAACAUGAAAUUAACCAAGAACGCAAACAGGAGGAAGAAACAGUCAUUUCAGAACUGAAAGAUGCUAAAGUUAUAAAGAUGACAGAAAGCAAGCCAGAGGAAAAGAAAUCUCGACCUAUACAACAGCAACAGAGUAAACGAUCUCAAAUGUCUCUUUUAGCAGGAGCGGUCAAACGAAAGGGAUCAGAGGAAACUUCUCCAUGUAAAAAGUUACGAACAGAGAGCACAGAGGGUGAUACACAAACAGAAAAAGCGCAGAAAACUGAAGGGAAUACGGCAGCUUCAGACGAAAACAGCGGCAAGUCCUCCCAGUUGGCACGAGUUAUAGGUGUUCUUCCACGUGCGUUACCUGGCCUUACAGAAUAUGAUGAUUCUAGCGACUCUGUGUCUAGCAGUAGUGACUCUGAGGCAGACUUUUCUCUGUCAGGAAAAAAUAGUAUUGUGGUGAUAAGACAGCAGAUUCAACAACAACGUUAACAGUUUUUAUUGUAACAUCUGGGCUAAUUUGUGACGUGAAAUGAAUUUAGUGUUACAUACCAAGCAAUGAUAUGAAAUGAAUUAAGUAUUACACACCCAGUAAUGAUAUGAAAUUAAUUUAGUGUUACACACCCAGUAGAAAUAUGAAAAGAAUUUAAUAUUACACAGCCAGCGAUGAUAUGAAAUGAAUUUAGUGCGACACACCCAGGAGUAAUCUGAAAUGAAUUUAGUGUUACACACCCAGCAGUGAUGUGAAAUGAAUUUAGUGUUACAUACCCAAGAGUGAUAUGAAAUGAUAUUUCACAUCCGGGAGUAAUCUGAAAUGAAUUUAGUGCUACACACCUAGCAGGUUACUUUUGAUUAUAAAGAAUUCAGGCUCACUUUACAUAUUGUUAUCGAGUCAUUGAUCUUAGGGCAGUAAAAAGUAGUGACUAGGUUUCCAAGUCUCGGAAAUGAUAAAUGUGGUCCUUUUUGACAGGUGGUCUCCCAACACAGGUGCAUUUAUGAUAUAUAUUGUUACGCUGGUUGAGAAAAUAGUGGCCUUUAUAAAGCUUUUACAUUUGUGGUCUUUUUUUUCAGAGGUGGUCUUUAGCAAAAGUUUGACCGUAUUUAUUUUCAAUGACCAAAUUAAUAUGAAUAAAUUAAUAGUAUAAAGAAACCUUUGAUUGAUUUCUAGCAGAGGUAAACAGGUUACUGUGAAAUCAUUUAAUUUCGUGGGCAUGAAAUUUCGUGGUUUUGGUAAAAACGGUAAUUUCGUGGAGAUACGAAUUCGUGGAUUUCAACUUUUGAACAUAAAAUGAAUGGGAAUUUUACUUGUUCAUUGGGAUUAAAUUUCGUGGAUUGACUCAACCACGAAAAUUAGUCCCCCACGAAUAUUAAUGAUUUCACAAUAUAUAGAAAGUUGCUGGUAGAAUUGUUGAACAAUGUUGCUCUUGAAGUUUAACUGUUGGGCCCGGCAGUGUGGUUGUUGCUUACUUUAAAGCCAUUGCCCCACAUCGCUGUGGGUUUGAAACCCAACUUGGGGUGUAGAAUUCUGUGGUGUGACAAAGUCAUCCAGCUGGCUUACAGAGGGUAGGUAGUUCUACCCAGGUGUAUGAUUUUAUUUUUUUCUAUCAAAUUUUGACAGGUAAUAUAGAAUGGGCACCCCUGCAUGGUUUCCAUUAUAUCCGUUAAAGGAUAUAUAUUAUUAGAAUAGUGGAAAAUACACAGCAGAACAUAUAGGCAUCAGUUUUACUCUGUAUACUGAACUCAGAUCUCCAUGCAGUGAAAAGAUGCAAAAGACCAAACUGAAAUUCGGUUGCUGCAUUUUUCAUGUUUUACUUACUUGUUAAAAGUUAAAAUUGUUUUAAAUUCUUCCAGUGUUCAUUUAAAUAAAUGAGCUCUUGCUGAAAAAUA